AUGUUACACGGCCCUCCGCUUGGUCCUAUCAAACAGGCCCCGGGUUCUCCCUGCUCCAUGCCUGCGGGAGCCGCUUCUUGUGAGCGGGGCCCCAAGCUCAGCACCAGGCACAGCACGGGAACAUGGCGGCCGUGGAGCUGGAGUGGAUCCAGGAGACUCUGUAUAACACAGCCAUCACUGCGGUGGUGGACAACUACAGCUGAGCCUGGCGGGACAUCCGCAGCCUGCCCGAGAACAUCCAGUUUAACGUGUAUUACAAGUUUUAUCAGCAAGGUCGUUUAUGCCAAUUAGGAAGUGAAUUCUGUGAAUUGGAGGUUUUUGCUAAGGUACUACGUGCAUUAUACAAAAUGCAUCUGCUUCAUCAUUGGCUUCCAAGCUUUAAUGGACCAUGGAGUAAAGGUUGCUUCGGUGCUGGCCUUUUCGUUCAGCAGGCGGUAUUCUUACAUUGCAGAAUCUGAUGCCCAGGUUAAAGAAAAGGCAAUACAGAUCGGUUAUGUUCUUGGUUAGAUUCUUUCAGAUGAUGGCUGGUACAGUGAUGCUGAGAAGGUGUUUCUCUCUUGUUUACAUAUUCACACCCUUCACAAUGAAAUGCUGCAUUGGUUCAGAGCAGUAGAAUGUUGUGUCAGGCUACUGCAUGUGCGAAAUGGCAACUGCAAAUAUCAUUUGGGAGAAGAAACCUUUAAACUUGCUCAGAACUACAUGGAUAAGCUGGCCAAACACAAUCAGCAUGUAAACAAGGCAGCUCUGUAUGUAGAACUCUGUGGCUUGCUCUUUGCUAAAAGCCACUAUGACGAGGCAAAUAAAUGGUGCAUAGAAGCAAUGAAGGAAAUCACAAGUGGAUUACCUGUAAAAGUUGUGGUGGAUGUUCUAAGGCAGGCAUCUAAUGCUCGUGUGGUAAAAAGAGAGUUCAAGAAGGCAGAACAGCUGAUAAAACAUGUCGUUUAUAUGGCAAGAGAGAAUUUUGGUCCUAAGCAUCCCAAGUAUUCAGACACACUACUAGACUAUGGAUUUUAUCUUCUCAAUGUAGACAACAUAUGCCAGUCUGUUGCAAUAUAUCAGACUGCUCUUGAUAUCAAAUAGUCAGUAUUUGGGGGUAGAAAUAUCCACGUGGCAACCGCUCAUGAAGACUUGGCCUACUCCUAUGUUCAUCAAUACAGUUCAGGAAAGUUUGACAAUGCAUUAUUUCAUGCUGAGCGAGCCAUUGAGAUCAUCACUCAUAUACUCCCAGAAGACCAUAUUUUAUUGGAAACCUCCAAAAGGGUUAAAGCACUUAUAUUAGAGGAGAUUGCUAUAGAUUGUCAAAAGCUUUUUCUUGAAGCUCAUGAUCUUUAUUUAUCAUCACUGCAAGCCUUUGGCGAGUUCAAUGUACAAACCGCAAAACAAUACGGAAACCUGGGCAGGUUAUACCAAUCCAUGCAGAAGUUUAAGGAAGCUGAAGAAAUGCACAUAAAGGCUAUCCAGAUCAAGGAACAACUCUUUGGACAAGAAGACUAUGAAGUGGCAUUGUCUGUGGGUCAUUUAGCAUCACUUUAUAACUAUGAUAUGAAUCAAUAUGAAAAUGCAGAGUAG